UUACAAAUUACACUACCAGUAAUGAGCUGCUCAAUUAGAAUCAUAAUUUUUUGGUGGAAAAAAAAAGCUGUUAUACCGAUUAUAAACAUGAUCAUGAAGGAUUGGAUAAACAUAAAAAAUGAUCAAGAGAGAAAUUUAAUGAUACGAAGAGCGCAAACUGCACGAAUAAUUAUUAUUUGUUCCUAUUGCAUAAUGGGAUUACAAUGGUUUUUUAUUUCUAUACUGCCUAUUUUUGGAGUGACAAUGAGACUGACACCUAAUAUUACUGAUCCAGGAAGGAUACCAAUGCCUUUACAAUCUCAUUAUAUUUAUGAUAUAACAAAAAGGCCGCAACAUGAAUUAACAUUUAUUAGUCAGGCAGUCUAUGUAGCUAUCGGUAUGAUGGCCUAUACUGGAGUGGACAAUUUUCUCAGUCUUGUGGUUUUUCAUAUAUGCGGACAAUUAGAUAUUCUUGAGAAUCGCAUGCAACAUUUGGAUAAAUACAAAAAUUAUUCCAAGAUGCUGAAACGCUGCAUAGAAAGACAUAUACGUUUGCUUAGGUUUGUUACUUGUAAAAAACAUAUAUGUAUGUUUAUGAUAAUAUAUGUGAUUGAACAUAUUUGGUACAUAAAAUGUCUUUCACAGAGCUAUUGA